CGACCCAAAAUCCGAUACACACAUUCAAUGCACCCAGUGCCAGAGGCAGCAAAACAACCCAAAAACAUCAUUGAACCUCCACCAUAUCUCACUCCCAGGCAUAGGGAUACAGCGUAUAGUACAGAGAUCCAGCGCCGGCGGCCGCAACAAACAGGAGGACCAGGGGGGCAGCGCUUGCGGGUGGUAUGAGUGGUGUUCGUUAUGAACUCCAGGCUGCGUGCUUUGGGUGGAAGGAUAAACAACAUUCGAGCAACUGAACUUCCAAAGGAAAAAAACAGGUCAGAAGUGGUUUGCAAUGUCCGUUUCCUGGAUGGCUCUCAGCAGAAUUUCAGAGCUAAUAAACAAGACACUGGACAGACACUGCUGGAUAUGGUCUUCAAUCACUUGAAUUUAAAAGAAAAAGAAUAUUUUGGCCUACAGCAUAAUGAAGAUUCACUUGAUUCGCAUAGAUGGUUAGAACCCAACAAACCAAUACGGAAACAACUGAAGGGAGGCUUCCCUUGUUGUCUUCUCUUUAGAGUACGAUUUUUUAUACCAGACCCUAACACUCUUCAGCAGGAUCAAACAAGACAUUUGUACUUCUUGCAGCUAAAGAAUGAUAUCUUAGAAGGAAGGAUACCAUGCCCAUUGAAUUCAGCCGUUGUUCUUGCAUCUUAUGCUGUGCAGUCUGAAUUUGGCGAUUACAAUCCUUCAGUACAUCUUCCAGGACACCUGUCAAAUAAGAAAUUUAUGCCUGGUCAAGACAAUGAUUUUAUAAGUAAAGUGGAAUCCCUCCACAGCCAGCACAGUGGCCUUGAACAAACAGAAGCAGAAUCCUGCUACAUUAAUAUUGCAAGAACACUUGAAUUCUAUGGAGUUGAAAUGCACAGUGGUAGAGAUCUUCAUAACUUAGAUCUACUUAUUGGAAUAGCUUCUGGCGGUGUAGCUGUGUACAGAAAACAAAUUUGCACCAGCUUCUAUCCAUGGGUAAACAUUUUGAAAAUAUCUUUCAAAAGAAAAAAGUUUUUCAUACAGCAACGUUCGAAACAUAAUGAAUGUAGAGAUCAGAUAAUAGCCUUCAAUAUGCUUAACUACCGUGCAUGUAAAAACCUUUGGAAAUCGUGUGUGGAACAUCAUACAUUUUUUCAGACAAAAAGAUCACUACCCCAUGAAAAGAAGCUGGUGUGUAACUACUGGACCAUGGGUCCGAUUAACAAUGCCAAAUCUGCCAGCAGUCAGCUUUGCAGAAAAGUUAUGGGUGGUAUGGUACUGAAUACAGAUUUAAGGAGAUCCGUGUCUGUGGAGCACCUUGAAACCAAAAGCCUUCCUUCUCGUUCUCCUCCUAUUACACCAAAUUGGCGGAGUCCUAGAUUACGCCAUGUCAUUAGGAAGCCACAGCAUUCAUCCGCUGACAAUCUAGUCAAUGAAAUGACCUAUGUGACAGAGACGGAAGAUGUGUUCUACACUUAUAAAGGCUCGCCAACUUCAAAAGAUAGUGAUUCAGAUUUUUUUCAGAACCAGAGUCCGCAGAGGUUGUCUGAUCAAGACUCUCCAAAAAAUAUAUUAGAAUACAGUCCGAAAGAAAACCAACAAAGCAAUCAAGGUUCAUUUCCUAGUUCUCCCAAUGGGUUAUCAAAUCAUUCAUAUUCACAUCCACUUGAAGGUGUGGACAAGACUUUUUUAGACACCUAUGAUACCAUAAAGAAAGGAAACUCAACAGAAGAUUCUAGUCAGUACUACUAUGAUAAGAAUGAAUUUGCUAAUGGAGAUUUGCUGUUGGUCCGUAUCACACCUGAUGAAGAAGGCAAAUUUGGGUUUAACUUAAAGGGUGGUGUUGAUCAAAAAUUACAGUUGGUGGUCUCCAGAAUUACCCCAGGAUCGCCUGCAGAUAAAUGUUCUCCUAAGCUUAUGGAAGGUGAUCAGAUUGUACUCAUCAAUGGUCGUGAUAUCUCCGAGCACACACAUGAUCAAGUGGUCAUGUUUAUAAAAGCCAGCCGAGAGUCUCACACAAGGGAACUUGCUCUACUGGUGAGGCGGAAAGUUGUGAAGCCAUUUGGAGAGCUGAAAUCAGGUGAUGAAACAGACUUUCAGCAUUUUCCACAAAUGAUACUUCCCACAGAAUACUGUGACACAUUGCAAGGAUCAAUGGAGCAACUUGCUAAAGGCCUCGAGACGGGAAUUGUCCUCAUUCAGUUUGAGCAAUUAUAUCGGAAGAAACCAGGGCUUGCUAUUAUUUGUGCAAAGACUGGUCAAAAUAUGGAUAAAAACCGAUAUAAAGAUGUCUUACCUUAUGAUGCAACGCGAGUAAUUUUACAGGGGAAUGAGGACUACAUAAACGCAAGUUAUGUAAAUAUGGAAAUUCCAACAACUAAUAUUGUAAACAGAUACAUUGCUACUCAAGGCCCCCUUCCUCAUACGUGUGCACAUUUCUGGCAGAUGGUUUGGGACAACAGACUAACACUUGUCAUUAUGUUAACAACAUUAACAGAGCGAGGAAGGACCAAAUGUCAACAAUAUUGGCCUGACCCCCCUGAUCUAAUGGAAUAUGGGAGUUUUCGGGUAACGUGUAAUUCUGAAGUCUGUACAAUUGCUUAUGUCUUCAGGGAAAUGAUAUUAACAAACAUAGAGACAGGAGAAGAGCUUCCAGUUUCUCACUUGCAAUAUGUCGCUUGGCCUGAUCACGGAGUACCAGAUGAAUCAUCGGAUUUCCUCGAAUUUGUCACCUGUGUGAGGCAAAAGAGAGUGGAAAGGCAACCCAUGCUUGUACACUGCAGUGCUGGGAUAGGUCGCACUGGUGUCCUGAUAACCAUGGAAACUGCAAUGUGCCUGAUUGAACAAAACCAGCCAGUCUAUCCUUUGGACAUUGUGAGGCAAAUGCGAGACCAGAGGCCUAUGAUGGUUCAGACAUCUAGUCAAUAUAAGUUUGUCUGUGAGGCCAUUCUGCGAGUUUACCAAGACGGUUUAGUGCAGCCAUUACAUCAAAGUUGAUCUUAUGAACCUUCAUAUCCAAGGAGCUUCCACAAAGAACAACAGAAUGUCUCAAGAACAUGAGCACAUUGGUGGCACUUUAAAUUUUCGUAAAGCAUUUUAAACUAUGUCUGUGUAUAUGUAUAUAAUAUGUUGUGUAUAUCUGUUCAGAAAUCUGUAUAAAUCAUUUCCAUAAAUGUUUUCACAAAGUUCUUUUAAUCACAACAACACUAGCAAAUACCUUGUUUUGCCUUAGUCAUAUACCUAUUGAAAAUCUACUGUCAUUUGUAAGUAUAGCCACUGCAUUUGUAGACAGUUUAGACCAAUGAAAACCAGAGAAACCUAGUAAAAAGAAAGAGCAUAUAUAUAUUAUUUUUAAUAAUUUUCUGAGUGCCAAAAAAUACUUUUUAGGAAAUAAUCGCCACUAUGUAUUUCAGAUUUUGUAAUAUUUAUUUAGAAUAUUUCUAUGGCACAAUCUCCCCAAUUAGAUUCAGUAGAUUAAGUGACAUUGUGUAAAAAUAUCACACUACAGGAUUUAUAUUGACUAGAAUUAUGAUAAAAAACACUUUUGUUAAAUGUUAAAUUUACUGUUAAAAAAAAAAUGUCUAUGUGAAUAAUUUGACUGCAUGCCUUUCAGGACAUAGAAAUGCACAUUUCUCAAUUAGUUAUCUCUGCAUUCCAAUAAGCCUUUCUUUGUGGCAAUACAGAAUUACUUCUGCAUUUCACAUCCACCUAAAAAUGGUCUUUUAUAUUUGGGGAUUUCAUGUAAGUAGUAUGGUAUAUUUACUCAGUAUAUCAUAGUAAAAUUAGCAAAUGUGUUAUUAAGUCUAGAAAAAUGCGACUUAAUGCUCAGUGGUACAGUUGCUGAGCCAACCAUUCAUUAACCAAAAAUUAUUGUGUAAGGGUCCCGCACAUGAUACUGUCUGGGUGUUGAACAGUUGGCUCCACAACUGUACCCCAAAGCAUGCAACUAUGUUGCUCCCCAUUUAAUAUCAUUUGAGUGGAAAAGUGUGCCUAGACAACCUCUUUAUCUAGUAAUACCUCAAAAUUCCAAUAAAAUAGCACAAGCUUUCACUUAUUUACUGGCAAAAGUCCUUCCCAUGAGCACAUAGAUAAACAACAUGAAAUGACUUUUUUCUCCAAUAGAAUUGGAAAGCACUUUACGGGCAUUUUUCUCUACAUUAAAGGAAAACAGUCAGCUUGCUCCCUCCGCACUAACCAGUGGUACUGGCCGGUAGUGCGGGGGACACUGAUCAGUUUGAUGCCUACCGUGCCCAGAUCCAUCCUGCCGUUUGGCUGAAAUCUUUGUUUUUAUGUAUAUGCUAAUUAGGUGCUAACUGGCACUCUGACGUCAGCGCCACCCAGCUCAUCAGUAUUCCUCCCCUCCCUCCGCCUCUCCCUCUUCUCCCCGCUCUGUAAUGAAGAGGGAGAGGUGGAGGGAGGGAAGGAAUAUUGAUGAGCUGGGCGGGGCUGCGGACGAGCAGCGCUGACGUCUGAGUGCCAGUAACCCCGCCUGUGCCAGUUAGCACCUAAUUAGCAUAUACAGAAAAUUGAGGAUUUCGGCUGGACAGCUCUGCCCACGGUAGGCAUCAAACUGAUCAGCGUCCCCUGCACUACUGUGGGGCGAGCAAGCUGACAGUUUUCACACAGGGUGCAUUCACACAGAGUAAAUGAAGAGUAAUUCAUGGCGAAAAAUUUACCGGCGGAAAAAAUUAUUUUAUUUCCACACGAAAUUUGCGCGCAAUUUGCACGGAAUUGCACGCAGAAUUGCGCGCGGACAUGGGGGAGAAAGAAGUGAAGGGUUUUUCAGCCAUUUCCGCGCAAAUUGUGUGCUAAUUCCAUGCGAAAAUGAUGUCGGGCGGAAUUUUUUUUUACCAUUGACUUCAAUUGAUUUCUGCUAGCGGAUUCCACUUGAAGAAUGAACAUGUUCUUUCUUCAAGCGGAACGGAAUUCAGCGUCGGAAUUCUGCUAUCAGAAUUUCCGCAGUGUGAACAGGACAGCAGAAAUAACAUUAAAGUCAAUGGGCAGAGGAGAUGUGCAUUAGUUUGUAGCGGAGAAUUCAAGAGGAAUUACUCAAGUAAAUUCCUCUUGAAUUACUCCGUGUGAACGCACCCUAAAACUGUAUUAAAGAUGUGUAAAAUAUUGAAAAAUAGUGGCACAAUGCUCUAUUUGACCUGCAUAAGAUUUCAUAAGUAUUUAAAGGCUUGUGAUUAUAGUGUUUAGUAUACUUGGAAAAUACAUACAUAUAUAUAUAUAUAUAUAUAUAUAUAUAUAUAUAUAUAUACUGAAUUUCAGGAAAGACCUUUUCCAAAUGCACACAGUUCCUGGCAGAUGACUUAGAAUAUUUUAUCAGAGAGAAUAGUACAGUUUGUAACACUAUUGUAAGUGUAGACAGAGCUUUACCUUAUGUUAGUUUUCAAAGAACUGGCCCCAUUUCCAAGCAAUAUUUGACCUUUAGUGAUCAUGAUCCCAGUCUAAAGAAAUGUAUUUUCAUUAAAAUCUAUUACCAAUACCAAAAGAUGUUAAAAGUCCAAAAUGUAUAGUAUAUAUGUAUAAAAGGUGGCAUAUAGCUGGAAUAUGCCAUCACUACAAUUGGUAGGUAGCAGGCCUCUGGUCUCCUCACCGAUAGUUGGAAUAAAGGGGAUGCAGUACUUUUGUAGUGGUGUGCAAAGAACUGCGGAAGGUCCCAAUCACUUUAAUAAUGAGACGUUACAGCUCCCUGAGCAGCCAGGUAACUGGGAGCUGUGGUGCAGGGAAUGUAAUCAGCACUACAGUCAUGGCCAAACAUUUUGAUACUUUCAGUGUUCUUUUAGAUCUUUUAGUUUGAUGUUUGUAUGGUAUACUGAAGUACAAUUAAGCAUUUCAUACAUUUUUAAACUUUUAUUGACAAAUACAUUAGUUUAUGCAAAGCUUCCAUAUUUAUUGACCCUUCUUUUUGAAAACUGCUGCAAUUUGUAUGGCCACGACUGUACAUCUCUUUCAUUCUCAAUGGGGUCCCAGAAGUUGGACAACACUUUAUUAGCCAGCAGUACAUCUCUAAUACUUAUAUAACCAAACAAAAUAAAAGCCAAUACUUAUGUAGUAACUUAAAAGUGAGGUUGAUUUCUUUGAAUUCACUGGUAGUUGUAUUAUUUUGUUUCUAAUUUAUACUGUUUAUUACUAUGUCUGCAAUUUUUAUUUGGAAAUAUUCGGAAACUGACAGUCUUUGUGUCCUGAACUCCAGUGUAUUGCCAUGUUAUUCUGUAGCUAACCAAAGUGUCCUUAACUAUAGUAUUGUGCUUGUUAGAAUAUAUGUGGAAAAAUCACAGUUUAUGUGUAUAUAAUUUAUUAUGUGAUUACCUUUUGAGAUUGCGACUAACAUUCACUUUAAAUUGAAAUAAUAGUUAAAAGUUAUCUGUUGAAAUGACUGGAAUUUUUUGUUGGAAAACUAUCUAUAGAGUUUAUAAAUCCCAAAUGCUACAAAUCAAGAUUGUACAAAUAUAUAAAACAGAUAAUGUAUAGUAAGCUUUAUUGAGAUUUUCAGAAAAGAUGGUAUUAGUGAAAAACACUAGUCCUUAAAAAAGUAUUUCAGUAAUAGUUAAAGGGGAACUCCGGUGGGAAAAAAAGUUUUUUCAAAUCAAUUGGUGCAAGAAAGUUAAACAGGUUUGUAAAUCACUUUUAUUUAAAAAUCUUAACCCUUCUAGUACUUAUCAGCUUCUAUAUACUACAGAUAUACUACAGAGAAAUUUGUGAAGUUAUUUCCAGCCUGACAACAGUGCUCUCUACUGACACCUCUGUCCGUGUCAUGAACUGCCCUUUAGGAGAGGUUUUCUAUGGGGAUAUGAUUCUAAUCUGGACAGUUCUGACACGGACAGAGGUGUCA